AUGGCUGACUCACGUGGACCCUCGAAUCCCAAAUUCUCGGACGAGGAGGUCGAUAGACUCCAGGAGGAGGUCGAUACACUCUCCCAGAGAGUGGAAGAACUAGAGGUUGACAGGGUGGAGGAGCUGAGGGCUCUGAAGGAGCAGAUGGCGGCCCUAGAAGAGAAACUCGAGGCUGGCCGGGGGUACCUAUAA